GCGCAAUCGCACAACCGGUAGCGAUUUUGUCGGCAUGAUGGCGUCCUCGGCCGCUCGCUGCUCCUCACGCUGGAUUACAGUCGUCGUGUCCUCUGGACCUCGAAAGGCUACCGGCCUCGUCCUCUCCUCUGACCAUGGAGGCGUCCGGCGUUUUUCCACGCUGGGAGCUGAAAAGCUGUGGCGUGGGGGCAGCUUGUGGUGCGGUGGGGCAGGAAAAGGGUUGACAUUGAGAGGGCUGUCAGGACUGAAGUCGCCCCAUGCUGUCUACACGCUGUCCUUCCACACAAGCGCCUCUUCCAGCAGCAAGCAGGACUUCUAUCAGACUCUGGGAGUCCCCCGCACUGCAACCCAAAAAGAGAUCAAGAAGGCCUACUACCAGAUGGCCAAAAAGUACCACCCCGACACAAACAAAGACGACCCGCAAGCAAAAGAAAAAUUUGCACAGUUGGCUGAAGCUUACGAGGUCCUCAGCGACGAAGUGAAGAGGAAGCAGUACGACACAUACGGCGCAGCGGGCUUCGAGGCGGGCCAGGCCGGAGGAGGCCAGCAGUACUGGAGCGGACAGGCCAGCCACGUGGACCCAGAGGAGCUUUUCCGCAAAAUCUUCGGCGAGUUCUCAGGAGGCCGCGGCUUCGGAGACUUUAACGCCAUAUUUGAUCAGCCGCAGGAGCACUUCAUGGAGCUGACGUUCACUCAGGCAGCAAAGGGAGUGAAUAAAGAGAUGUCGGUCAACAUAGAAGCAGCGUGCCAGCGCUGUGAUGGGAAGGGCCACGAGCCGGGGACCAAGGUUCAGCACUGCCAGCACUGUAACGGCUCAGGCAUGGAAACCAUAAACACAGGUCCGUUUGUGAUGCGCUCCACGUGCCGGCGCUGCGGGGGAAAAGGUAAAGUCAUUUCAACUCCCUGUAACUCCUGCCGUGGAUCUGGACAAACCAAGCAGAGGAAGACCGUGGUGGUUCCUGUCCCCGCAGGAGUGGAGGACGGUCAGACGGUCAGAAUGCCAGUUGGAAAGAAGGAAAUCUUCAUCACAUUUCGGGUCCAAAAGAGUCCAGUGUUCAGGAGGGAAGGUGCCGACAUUCACUCAGAUCUUUACGUCUCUGUGGCACAAGCUAUUCUGGGAGGCACAGCCAGAGCACAGGGACUUUAUGAAACACUCAAUUUGUCAAUCCCAGCGGGGAUCCAGACUGACCAGAGGAUCCGUCUGUCGGGAAAAGGAAUCGCUCGUGUCAGCGGGUACGGCUAUGGAGAUCACUACGUCCACGUCAAAGUAAAAAUACCAAAGACCUUGACAGAUAGGCAGAAAUCUCUUUUAAUGAGCUUUGCAGAGGAUGAGACGGAUGUAGAAGGAACGGUGAAUGGAGUCACAAACACCAGCACAGGUGGGGGCAGCAGUGGUGAGCAGUCUAAGGCAGGGCAAAGCAGGCAUGUCGAGAAGGAAGCAGAGUUGAAAGAGGAGGGCUUCCUCUCCAAGUUAAAGAAAUUAUUUAGCUCUUCCUGACAGCCACAAACCAGGUAAAAGAUCCUCCUGGAACUAAGGCCGAAUAUGCGAAGAGGACGUUGUAAAGCAAAGACAGUGUCAAUCUAAAUAGUGGGAGAAGACGAGAGACGUACAGCGCUGGUUUAUUUCUUAGAAGCUUUCUACCCAGCCCUGAAAAAUCCUACGGAUCGCCUUCCCGGUUCCCCUCGUCGAAGUGGAUCCACGGAGGAGAGGAUGCGCCAGCCUGCCAAUCCCCACGCACAGCUAAAGAAAGACUUCUGUUAUAGCACUCAGAGUGCAUGCUGGUCAUCUGUUUGUUACUAAAACACAAAGCUAAAAGCAGAUACAACAAAUAAAGAGAGACUACAAAACCCUGUUAAGAGUUUAUUUAGGAUUUAUAUCUAGCUGAUUCACUGUGUGGCCCCUGUGUUUUUUUUGUUUUACCUUCAGUCAGCUGUCAGUCCUGACGGGUGAAAGAUGUCUUCAGAUUACAUGAGGUUUACUGUUGGAAGGUCUUACAUCUGAUUUUACUCUCCAUUAAGGAGACAGUUGUUGAACCCUUGAGCUUUCCUGAACUGUUAACUAAUUACAUGGAUGUCCGUUUAAAACUUGUUUUAGUUUUGAACCGUAAUAACAUUCUGUGUAACCGUGGUAAAACAAAUAUUCAAUCAUGCAUCAAAUAUUCUGUACAGUUUUAAUAAACAUAUGGACUGGUUAAAAAAUAAU